AUGGACGACGGGGACAUCGACUUCUCCAACCCGGAGACGUUCCUGUGCGAGGCCAUGGGCAACGACCCGCCGGCCAGCUGCUCCAUGGGGACCUACUUCGACGACAUCCUCAACGGCGACGCCGACCACCUCGCCUGCACGCACACCCACACCUGCAACCCGCCGGUCCACGACCUGGCGCACCACACCCACACCUGCGUCCACGUCCACACCAAGAUCCUCUCCGCCUCCGAUGACGCCGCCGAGACCUCCGAGUCGCUGCCGGAGGGCGGCGGCGGCGCCAGCAAGAAGCAGCGGCCCUCCGGUAACCGCGCGGCCGUCAGGAAGUACCGCGAGAAGAAGAAGGCCCACACCGCGCUGCUCGAGGAGGAGGUGGCUCACCUCAAGGCCGUCAACCAGCAGCUCGUCAAGAAGCUCCAGAGCCACUCCGCGCUCGAGGCCGAGGUCGCCAGGCUCCGCUGCCUGCUUGUUGACAUCAGAGGGAGGAUCGAAGGGGAGAUUGGCACCUUCCCUUACCAGCGGACGGUGAAAGGCAACGAUUUUGUCGACCAGGGGAGCUUCCUUGGUGGUGCUCAGGUUAUGAAUUCCUGUGAUUUCAGAUGCAACGAUCAGUUGUACUGCAAUCCAGGAAUGCAGCAGGCCAGGACAAUGGAGGACGACGGUGUCAUGAGUGGCCAGGUUUUGGGGCAAGGUGCCGGUGACUCUAUGGGCUGCGUAAAACCAGGUUCUUUAAACCCCCCAGGCUGCCGUGGGGGCCAAAUGCUGUAA